AUGUCUCCUUCAAUCACGAUCCAGCCGCCACUGUCGCGACGAGGCCACGGUCCCGGCCUCAUCAUUCUGGUUGAGGCGGGAAUCGACCUGGCCAAGCACGACAAGAUUCUGGAUCCUCCACCGGCGCAGAAAUGGGCCGAGGAGGGCUACGCCGUGGCUCAAGUGGUCGUUGCUCCUGGACUCGCCAACAUCCCCAACGACAUCACAUCGGCCAUUGCCCAAUUGAAAGCGCUUGAGAGCUGUAAUGAUAAAGACAAGUUUGGCGUCAUCGCGUUCCUCGCCGGCGAAAGACAGGAAGUUGCCGAUGCCCUGGAGAGCCAUCCUGAGAUCAAGGCCGCCGUCUUUUUCAACUUUGCUCAAACCCUCAGCAUUCCCACUCUGUCACACGCCUCAGGUCCCGAUGGCGGCGGCACCAAACCUGCUGCCGCGUCCAAAACCUAUCAUUACCCAUCAGCCGGCGAUUUCUUCACCAUUCCGAGCCACGACAACUUCAAUGCUAAUGCUGCUGGUCUCGCCCACACGCGCACGUUGACAUUCCUCAAGCCCAUCCUCGGGGGACCGUACUUCGAUCUCGAAGCCGUGUGGGAGGAGCAUACGCUGUUUGAAUUUGGCGAGCGUAAUGUUGACAAGACUAUGGCCACUAUGGUUGAGCAACCUUAUGUCAAUCAUAUUCCCACACUCACCGGCGGCGUAGGCCGCGCCCGCCUCACCAACUUCUACACCAAUCAUUUCAUCUUCAACAACCCAGAGGACACAGAGCUUGAGCUGGUGAGCCGUACGGUGGGCAUUGAUCGAGUGAUUGAUGAACUUCCCGGAGUGCCGCCCACUGGCAAACAUCUCUCCAUCCCCUUCACAAGCGUCGUCAAUGUCCGCGGCGACCAUCUUCACCACGAGCAUAUCGCCUGGGACCAGGCGACGGCUUUGCGUCAGCUUGGACUGCUCCCCGACUACCUCCCAUUCCCGUACCAAAUCAACGGCAGCGGUCCUUCGAGCGGUAAAAUGUUCGAGUAUCGAUUGCCAGUCGCCGGCGUGGAAUCGGCUCACAAGCUCGUGGACGAGGGGGCAGUCGAGUCGAAUGGCAUGUUCGAGUACGGGACGAGAGAGGUCGAUGCGUAG